AUGGCUCCUAUCAUUGCCACCUACUCUAGUCCAUCAUCUGGAACAGAGUCGGAUGACCUAGAGACUUCGUCCAGUUAUAGCUCGACCGUUAUCUCGGAAGUCAGUGAUGAUGACCUUCGGCCUGGGAUCCGGACGAACUAUUCUGCCAUCACGGGUAUGGCGUGCAGGGUUGCCGGCGCUACAAAUGCGCGGGAGCUCUGGGACGUGCUGGAAAAACGAAAAGAUCUCCAGCGGAAGAUGCCGGAGGAUCGUUACAAUGUAGACGCAUUCUUUCACCCUCAGGGAACAAACAAAGGAACUACAAAUGCACGCUAUGGUUAUUUCUUGGAUCAAGGGCUCGAUAAAUUCGACGCCCAAUUCUUCAAUAUCUCUGGAAAGGAAGCACAGGCGAUGGACCCGCAGCAAAGGUUGCUGUUAGAGGUCGUGUAUGAAGCUGUCGAGGAUGCUGGGAUCACCCUUGAUGAGCUCAGUGGGUCUAGGACCGGUGUUUUUGUUGGUUCAUUCACCAACGAUUAUUCAGUUCAGGCGCAGAGGAACCUUGAGCACUAUCCCAAGUACAGUAUCACGGGUCUGACAAACUCUAUCCUCGCCAAUCGUAUCUCCUUUUUUUUCAACCUUCAUGGACCUAGCUACCAGCUGGACACGGCUUGCUCAUCAUCUUUGACAUGUCUUCAUCUGGCCAACCAGAGUCUGCAAAGCGGAGAGAGUGAUGUUGCUAUUGUUUGCGGGUCUGCAAUUCAUUUUGACCCGUACAUGUAUAUCACAAUGACCGAUUUUGGAAUGUUAUCAACUGACGGCCGUUGCCGUGCAUUCGAUGUGGACGGGUCUGGUUAUGUCCGUGGCGAAGGUGUCUGUGUCGUUGUCCUCAAGCGUGUCCGGGAUGCGGAGACUGGAGGCGAUACCAUCAAGGCAAUUAUUCGUGGAAGCGGUAUCAACCAUGAUGGACUCAAGGAGGGGCUGACUAUGCCCAACCCCAAGUCGCAGGCCGCACUGAUUCGAGAGACAUAUAAGGCUGCCGGGCUAUCCACCUCUGACACUCAAUACUUUGAAGCACACGGAACCGGUACUGCAGCUGGGGACCCUCGCGAGUCUAACGCUAUUGGAUCCGUGUUUGGUCCAGAGCGCUCCAAGCCCUUGUAUAUCGGCUCUCUCAAGACCAACCUGGGUCAUUUGGAGGGAGCAUCUGGAAUUGCUAGCAUAAUUAAGACAAGCUUGAUGCUGCAAAAGGGAAAGAUUGCACCAAAUUUGCUGUUUAAGAACCCCAACCCGCAGAUCGAUUUUGAGCGUGGGAAGCUCAAGGUUGUCACCGAAAUGAUUGACUGGCCCGCUACGAACGGCCCCCGACGUGCCAGUAUUAAUUCCUUCGGGUUUGGUGGCAGUAAUGCUCAUAUCAUUCUUGACGCUUACUCGCCAUUGAGGCAACCGGGCAUCGACUCCACUGUUUCCAAUGAAGGAUUGAAGAACCGCCCCUUCCUGCUUCCAUUAUCCUCACACUCGGAGAAUGCUGGCCGGCGCCAUAUCGCCAACCUUAUGGCGUAUGUGGAGCAGCGGCCAGAGACCGCAGUGGCUGAUCUGGCGUAUAGCCACAGUGUUCGUCGCACAUUGCAUCCUUACCGCUCCUUUGCUAUCGGACAGACUCUCUCAAGCCUGAUGACCGACCUUGCUUCUCCUAAGCCAGUGGCCGCGUGGACGCGACAGGGAGCUCAGUGGUACGCCAUGGGUCGACAGCUGAUCAAUCAGUGUCCACUAUUCCGCCAAACAUUGGAAAAAUGUGACCGAGUGUUGCAGCGUCUCCCAGACGCUCCUCGUUGGUCCUGCGUUGAUGAGCUUCUCAAGUCAGCCGAGGAGUCGCAUAUCAUGGAGAGCCAAUUUUCUCAGCCUCUGUGUACUGCACUCCAGCUCUCACUCGUCGAUCUUCUCCGUUCUUGGGGAAUUAAAGCAUCAGCUGUCGUUGGCCACUCUUCGGGAGAAGUUGGCGCUGCUUAUGCAGCAGGUAUUCUCUCAUUCCAGAAUGCCAUCACCUGUGCAUUUUACCGUGGGCUUUACAUGUCAAAGGGCAUUGGUUCCGCAUCAGGAGCAAUGAUGGCGGUGACAAUGACGGAGUCUGAGGCGAAGGCUGCAUUGGAGCCGUUCAAUGGCCGUAUUGCACUGGCAGCCAUAAACAGCUCGUCCAGUCUCACCCUUUCUGGAGACGAAAGUGCCAUCCUGGAACUGAAAGCGACUCUUGACGAACAAAACAUCUUCGCUCGAAGACUGCAAGUUGAACAAGCUUUCCACUCCCAUCACAUGUUUCCUCUCGCACCAGGCUUCAGACAAGCUCUAUCCACUUUGUCCACCUUUCAGCCUCGUGUAGGCAAAAUCCCAAUGUGCUCCAGCGUCACAGGCAGACCAUCAGGUGCACGCGCUAUGGACGCCGAAUAUUGGGCUGCCAACAUGACAGGAGUGGUACGAUUCUCCGAUGCGCUGACCGGUGUGCUGAUCAGUGAAGACGAAGAGCCCGCUCUUGACGUGUUGGUAGAGAUCGGUCCCCAUCCUGCGCUGAGAGGACCAUCCAAGCAGGUCAUGAAGGGGUUGGGAAUUGAAUUGCCGUACAUUGGCUCGCUGGACCGCAAAGUGGAUGCGUAUGAGAGUCUGCUUGCUACGGCCGGGCAGCUGUUUGCCUUGGGCUAUGACGUCGAUCUCGCCGCAGUGAAUGCCGGGCAUGUCGUGGGUCCGUUUGGAAAACAAGAACAACACCAACUUGGAAUUGCUUUGGCUGAUUUGCCCACUUAUGCAUGGGAUCAUCAGAGCUAUUGGUCUGAGACCAGAGUUGCCCAGGAGUACCGUCAGCGAAAGGCCCGUCACGGGGUUUUGGGUGCCCUAGUCCAGGGACACCUGCGACCCAUCGCCCAUGCAAUUGAUGGGAAGAUUAUCUUUCCCGGUGCAGGAUACUUGUCAAUGGCCCUUGAGGCAAUCACCUCUGAUCUGGAGCCAAACGCAGUGGAGGAGAUCAUCAUUCGGAAUGUGACUAUCAAGGCUGCGCUGUCAAUUUCCGAGUCAGACACCGGAACAGAGACAAUGCUAGACCUUGUUGAUCUCAAUGGAGAAGAGCAGACUCAGUCCAGUCAUUCCUGGAGCCGAUUUACAAUCUACUCAUUUGAUGAUGGCAAGACCACGGAGCAUUGCACAGGUCUCAUCUCCGCAAUUGUCCGAGACCGUGCGAUUGUUUCGACGGCCGAGAGUGAGGGCUGGGAGUCCGAAUCCUCCUUCGCUGAUCUUCAGGCACUGACCACACGCUCGCAACUACCUUCGAAGUUCUACGACCGACUUUAUAAUGUGGGCCUGCAGUAUGGGGACAAUUUCCGUCUCAUGCGUGGUCCGAUCGAGAGCGGCCCCGGGUUUGCUAUUGCUCCAAUGGUAUACCGUCCGAAGAAUGUGACAACGAUACCGGAGGACGAGUGCAUCCUGCAUCCCAGUUUCUUCGACUGCACCCUGCACACACUCUUCGCGGCGCUCGAGACUCAUCUCCAGAGACCCUUGGACGAUUCCUAUAUUCCAACUUCCAUUCAAACGGUCCGUGUGUCGGGCAGUCUUGUUCGUCGAAAGCACAACACGGAAGACCAGGAGUUUUGGGUCAGGGCAGAUAAUGAACGUCUGAGUCCCCGUGUUAGCAGAAGCGACAUCUUCAUUCACGAUAGAGACUCCAAUACUCAGCUUGUCACGCUGAAGGGGUUGGAAGUUACUGGACUGGGAAUCGGAGACAAAAGCCUGGAUGAGGACAGGAAUUUGUUUUUCCGAAUUCAUUGGCAAGAGGCGUUUAGUCUCCAAGGACUCGUCGAUAAGAAGUCGCCUUCUUCUGAAAUUGGUGAUCUGCUGGGUAUUUACGCGCAUCAGUUUCCGGCGGCAAAGCUUCUCCAUGUCACCCCUGGUUUGCUACAGACUCAAAGGCUGCUCGCCCGAGUUGCAACCCCUGAGGAUCGCCGGAUCCAGAGCUUCUCAAUACUUGCCGCGGAUGAGACAAUUUCUGCUUUGAACGAGCAGUUGGAUGCUCUUCUCCCAGGUUUACGGCAGGAGGUAGACCUUGCCAAUGACGAAUUCGAUAUCGUCGUGCUGGAAGAGCGCACAGAAGCAGAUCCGCUGUCCCUGGUGAAAGGCGAUGGUUUUGUGGUGACCUUGACCGAUAUCGCUGAAAAGGGUCUGCAAAAGCGUUUCUCGGCCGGUCAAUGGACGGUCUGGCAGAAGAGUGAAGUGGAGCGUGAGCAGCCAGUAAAGGAAAAUCUGCAUCUCAUCCUCUCCUCGCAGCCAUCCCCAGGAACACUGGCCAUUGCCGCUGCCAUUAAAACUCGGAACCCCGGCACUCAGACAAGCACUUUGGAAACAGUUCCUAAGGAGGCCACCCAAAUCAUCUCACUCAUCAACCUGGAUGAAGAUUUGUUGUACGAUGCGUCUUCAGAUCGCCCUGCUCAGUUUGAUGCUGUUAGAACUCUGCUUGUAUCGGAAUCUCUGAAGAUCGUUUGGCUUCUGAGAGGUGCCACCCAAGAGCCUGUCUGCCCUGCGCAGGCAUUGUUUACAGGUCUUGCCCGUGCGGCGCGCAGUGAAAACGAAGAUCUGCAUCUCGUGACGCUGGAUGUGUCCUAUUCGACCGACGCGAAUGCAAUUGGGAAGUUUGCAGUGCAUGUUCUAGACCCUUCUGUAGCAGAAGAUGAGCUGCGUGUCAGCGAUAACAGACUGUUCAUUCCUCGUGUGAUCACUGACGAUCAGCUCAACCGCAAGUUGCCGAAUGGCCCUGGUCGCCAGCCUAUUCAACAAGCGUUCACCCAAGAUAAAGUGCUAGCCCUGGAAGUUCUCCGCACCCCAGGACAAGCAGACUCUAUCCUGUAUACGGAUGGCCAUGGUUUAAUCACCGAUAAUCUUGAUGAUCAUGAGGUUGAAUUUCGAGUGUCCGCAUCAGCCAUCAGCGAUCGGGAUGCAGCAAUUGUGGCCGGAACCCUGCAUGAUAGCCAUCUGGGAGAAACAGCUGUCGGGUUUGUUACUCGUGUCGGUGCUCAUGUGGAUGGCUCCAAGAUCCGUGUUGGUGAUCGCAUUUUCGCGUACUCGCCUCAAGGGGGCGCCCAUCGGUCGCUUCUCCGUUUGUCAGAGAAACUCGCGUUUGCUAUCCCGGGAGAGAUCAGUGAUACCGAUGCUGUUGCGCUUGGGCACAACCUCCUAAUUGCUCACUACGCGUUGCUUGAUAUCGCUCACCUGAGAGCAGACGAGCAGUGUCUUGUACUUGGCGGUUCUUCUGGCCUUGCCCAAGUCGCGGUGCAAUUGGUAGAGGCGGUGGGUGCACACACAUUGACAGCCCCCACUUCUAAGGCGACAAAGGCCAAUGUCAUUCUUCGUACGGAUGCUUCUACUCCUUUCACUCACGAGUUCUGGGACAUUUUGGCUAUUGGUGGCCGGAUCAUUGACCUUGCUGCCACCUCCGCCCCUUGGAAUGCCGGCGCCUUGCUUCCUGGAUAUUCUUAUACCGCAGUCGAUCUGGCAGCGGCCAGUCGCCAAGAUGAUUGCCUGGGACCUCGACUGGUCCAGAGUGUCGAUCAACUGUUCCAGAAGCAAACAUUUUCUCUUCCCAGUCCAGUGAGAACGUUUGGAUAUGGAGAGGUCGAUCAAGCUCUCCGACACUCACGUUUGAAUGGCGUCGAUGGCCAACUAGUGCUCUUCGAACGCCCAGGCGAGCAAGUAGCAGUUGCACCACCCACCUAUCGCGGCACCCAACCGCUGUUCCAAUCUCACAAGACUUACCUUAUAGUUGGUGGACUCGGUGGUAUUGGUCGUGCUCUGUCCCAAUGGAUGUUCCGCCGUGGGGCUCGCCAAUUUGCCUUCCUCUCGCGUUCGGGUGCCCGCAAGGCCGAAGCCAAAGAGACUGUGAAUUGGCUCGAGCAUCGCAAGGCGACAGUUACUGUUUACUCCGGGGAUGUCACCUCCGAAAAGGAUGUCCGUAAAUGUGUCCAUCUCAUUGGAGAUAGUCUCCGCGGUGUGAUCCAGGCCGCCAUGGUUCUAGAGAGUGGCCCCCUAUCCGAAAUGACAGCUGGACAAUGGGCUUCGGUUAUUCGACCCAAGGUGUAUGGCGCUGAAAACCUUCAUCACGCGACGAAAGAGCUCCCGCUUGACUUCUUUAUCUGCUUCUCCUCAAUCUCAGCCAUUAUUGGGUUUAUGGCAGAGGCGAACUACUCCGCUUCCAAUGCUUAUCUUGAUGCUUUUGUCCGGUGGCGCCAUGCACAAGGUUUGCCAGGCUUCGCAAUGAACGUUGGAGUAGUUGCCGAUGCUGGUGCCAUUGCCGAGGAUGCUCAUCUGCGGGCUAUCAUUGAUCGCAUUGGUAUGGAUGUUCUCACAGAGGAGGAACUAUUCUAUCAAAUUGAAGAAGCAAUCAAUGGCCAGCGGGUAUUCUCACAGCAGGCCUUGGAAGAAUGGGUUGGAGAUCGCCACCACCUCCUCAGCGGUAUCAACACUCGUCGGACCGAUCUUUUCUGGUCUAAGAAACCGUUAUUCCGGAAUUUGUAUGCCGGACGCAGCCAGAAGUCGGCAGUGUCAGGCAACUCGGAGGAGCACCAGCUAUCUGAGCUCCUACAACAGGCAGGAGAAUCCGAUAAAAUGUUCCCUGUGCUGUUAGAUGCCUUCUCCGAUCGCAUUGCUAGCUCUUUGGCUGUUUCCCGUUCCAUUGUUCAGGCUGGCGUGCCUCUGGCUGCAUACGGAAUGGAUUCCCUCGUGGCAGUCGAGUUCCGCAAGUGGUUCUCGAAGGAGGUUGGGGUCAACCUUGCUCUGUUUGAUAUCCUAGGCUCGAAGUCAACUGGUGAUCUUGUGGCCAAAGUUUGCGACCUGGUGGUUGCAAAUGAUUCUUCUAAAGGACCUGGUGCCAAUGACACUCAGGCUACCUCAUCUGAAAGUCCCCAAGCCUCGACUGUGGCCAAAACUUCGGAAUUGAUUCCCAUAGUAAACUCGCGCCCGGCUCAGAUCCCCAUGUCGACCUUCCAGCGCCGUCUCUGGUUCAUGCAUAACCUAACCGCUGACAGUGCCUCGUUGAAUGUUUCAGUUUCCUUGAUCAUCGAUGGGACACCAAAACUAUCCCUCUUGGAAAGAGUUUGGCAAGAACUUGGCCGUCGCAAUGAAAGUUUGCGAACCGCUUUCUUUGAAGGUGAUGAUUUCGCAGAGCAAGAGAUCGUUGAGAAUGGCCUGAUUCCAAUUGAGCAAGCCGACGUUAGCAACACAUCAGACCCCGAAGAGUCUCUUCGCUCUUUUGCAGCUGCUCUUCGCCAACAGCCUCUCGAUGUCGACAUUGGACAGCUGAUCCGUUCCGCCUUGGUCAAGCUUGGAGAUUCCCGGUAUGCUUGGGUUCUCAGCAUCCACCAUAUGGCCAUUGAUGGCGGCAGCAAGGCCUCACUGAUGGAACAAAUCAGCACGUUGUACAAUGCCAUUGCGAGCGGUGCCAAUCUCAACACAGUCACCCAACCCAAGCUUUCAUAUGUUGAUUUCACUUUAUGGCACGAGCAGAGGCUGCAAAUGUCUGAAAUUCAGGAUCAACUGAAGUGGUGGCGCAAAACGCUGGCCGGUGCUCCUGCCGCUAGUAAACUGUUGCCAUUUGCUCAGAACGAUCGUCCUGCUAGCUCCAGUCGGGAGCGUGAUAUCGUACGGGGAGAACUUAACAAGCAGCUCUUCAAGCGCAUGAAACGCAUCUGCAGUCGUCUCGAGGUCACUUCAUUCCACUUUGUUACCGCUGCUUUGCGAGCUUUCCUACACCGAUAUACCGGUGAAAAUGACCUGACAAUUUUGGUUGUUAGUGGUGAGAGACCCCAUACCGAACUCGAUCAAGUGCUUGGAUUCUUCGUCAAUAUGAUCCCACUUCGCUCUGAGAUGUCUGGUGACGAGACUUUUGAUGCGCUAGUCACGCAGAUCAAGAGGCAGGCGGUUGACGCCCUGGGCCGGUCGCAAGCUCCAUUUGAUGCCAUCGUGGAGGCUAUGAACAUCGGGUGGAGUCCUAGUCAUUUUCCUCUUGGGCAGAUUGCUGUCAACUACCAAACAUACGCCAAAGCACCAACCUAUCCUACAGUUGACUUCGAUAUUCCAGAGGUCCGGGUUGAGGAUAUGCCCACCGCAUUUGAGAUGCAGCUCGAGAUUACGGAAGACGAACAGGGCGGAUUGAAACUCCGCCUUGAUUUUGAUUCAUUUCUUUACAGCAAGCCGGAUAUGGAGCGGAUGUUCCAAAAUUUCAGUACCUUCCUCACAAGCGUGGUUCAAGAUUAUCGUCAGCCCAUUGAGGAAAUUGAGAUGGUUGGAAAUCUUGAAUUGGCUCGACUCCGGGCGCUGUUCUGGACUGAAGAAAUCAGUGCUGGUGUGGAUGAUGGCCUGUCCCUUUGGGAAUUAUUCGCGAAAAGUGCCCGUGUUUACCCUGGCUCAACUGCAAUUACCACCUCCGGUGGUCAGUCAAUCACAUAUAAAGACCUUCUCGCUCUGGCGGAGAAGCUUGCAGCCACUCUCCACAACUCGGGCAUUACCGCAGGUGAUCGGGUUGGCAUCCUGUCUUGCGCUUCUAUUCAUACCAUUGCAGCUAUGCUCGCCCUCUCUCGCCUGAGCGGUACGUAUGUGGCCUUGGACCCCGACUUCGCCGAGUCGAGACUUGUACACAUGAUCCAGGACUCCUCUAGCGUGAUUGUUCUUGUGGAUCAACCUUAUGAGCCUCGGGUAGUUGGGAUCAAAGAACAGACGACGGCACGCUUUAUGUCUCUUCAGACAUCUGACUUGAACGACGAGGGGUUGCCUCCCAUGGAGCCACACCCAGAUCCAUAUGCCACAUAUGUGACUUAUACAUCGGGCAGCACUGGAGCGCCUAAAGGCGUCGUGAUUACCCACGAGAACACAAGAGUAAUGCUUGACAACUAUACGCGAGCUCAUCGCCUCACCAAUCAGGACGUUGUUCUGAGUGCAACGUCCAUUUGCUUCGAUAUUUCCGUCGCUCAAAUAUGGGCACCUCUGACUACAGGAGCAACUCUCGCGUUGGCUCUUUACCCAGUCCGAAAAGACCCUGGUGAACUAGCUCAGUUCAUGCGCAAGGCCGGUGUCACAAUGGGUUCUUAUACGCCAACUCAAUUCGCACUCUUGAUCGAGCAUGGUGAUUCUUAUCUUCGACAAUGCACUGCGCUCCGAGCAGUUAAUUUGAUAGGAGAAGCCCUUCCAGCCCGUUUAGCGAAGGCGAUCUACGACCUUGGUUUGCCCGCCACGGUUUAUAACGAAUAUGGACCCUCCGAGGCAACCUCACAAGUCACUUCUCACCCCGUUCCUCGAUCACUCAAGACAGAAUCCUCGGUUUCAAUCGGUCGUGCAUUGCCAGACUCAACCUUGUAUAUCGUCAAUUCACGCCUGCGUCCGGUUCCUGUCGGGGUUCGCGGUGAGCUCUGCAUUGGCGGUGGCCAAUUGAGUCCUGGGUAUCUCGGUCACCCGAAAAAGACGCAGCAAGCCUUUGUGAAGAACCCCUUUGUGCAAGGCCAGUUCCGAGCCCGCGGAUGGACUCAUUUGUACCGAACCGGUGAUCAAGCGCGCCAUCUUGAGGAUGGCACGGUUGACUUUCUGGGGAGAAUCGCGGGUGACAAGCAAGUCAAGUUGCGAGGCUACCGGAUCGACCUUGCCGAGAUCGAAAAUCAGCUAGACAAUCACUUCAGUAAAGACAACGCUGUCUUUCACGCCCGAUCUGUCGUUUUGGUGCGCGAAGUCUCGUCACCAAACGGCCUGACUGACGAUCGCCAGUUAGUCGCGUUCUUGAUUCCCGGGAUCCCCGGAGAAGAGCAGCAAUUGUACCAGGAUUCUAUCAAUUCUGCUCAUACAUACAUAGCCCAGUCGCUAAACAGCUACAUGCUGCCAAGCUCUUACCAGGUCCUGGGUGCGUUCCCAAGUCUGAUCAGUGGAAAGGUCGAUCGAGCUGCGCUGGCUCGUAUUGACGUUGAGCCACUGUUUCCCGGUGCUAAGAAUGGAAAAUCUGAAGUCACCACGGCCAACGCCCUCUCUAGCCAAACCCUGGAUACAAUCAUCACUAUCUUUCGAUCAGUUCUGAAGUUGGGAUCAGACCGGGAGAUCAAGAGUACGGACACUUUCUUUGAACUCGGAGGCCAAAGCGUCCUCGCACUACGGCUUCAGGGGAUUCUGAAGCGCAAGCUGAAACAAGAUAUCACGCUCUUGCAAUUGUUCGACAAUCCCAGUCCUGCAAAGCUGUCUGCAUUGCUAGAUUCCAGGGCAAAUCCAGGCCAAGCCAGUGUCGGAAAAUCAACCGGAGAUCUCAAUACCAUUGAUUGGGACCGUGAAAUUCACCUACCGGACGAUUACCAACAUCGUCCUGCAUCUCGAACAGUUUCAAAUGAGAAUCAGAAACCCACUGGUAUCUUGGUUCUAGGUGCGGACUCUUUCAUCGGCAUUUUCCUUGUUAAGGCGUUGCUUACAGAAAAUCCCGAUGCCACGAUCUGUGUGCUCGGCAUCGGAAACUCCUUGGACUCGGCUGGCGUGUUGCAGCUAUUCCAGGACAAUCAGCUCCUAGACGCCACCAUGACAUCGGAGUGGCUAUCAAGCCACGUUCGUCCUGUUCCUGGGCUUAUGGUUCAACCGGACUUUGGAUUGGGACAGAACGAGUUCCGCGCGCUUGCUGGACAAGUCCAGCAGAUUUUCCAUACGGGUGGCCAUGUGUCUCUCCUGCAGACCUACUCCGAUCUCCGCCAAUGCAACGUGGAAAGCGUAUCUUCUAUGAUCCGCCUUGCUGCCUUGGGCUCCAGCACUUCCCUGCACUACAUCUCGACCUGGAGUGCAGUACACAUGCAGAGCUGGAAUACUUCGACACGCAAGACAGGGAUCGUCUCAAACCGUGAGGUCAGUCUGGGUUCGUUCGUUCCGCCCACUUCCAACGCCUCGGGCUAUUUCAAGACCCGCUGGGUAGGUGAGCAACUUCUUGAAACCGCAGCUCAGCGCGGAUUUCCGACCACGAUCUACCGGUGCUCUGGCCACACCGCACCUCUAACUUCGCCAAUUCCCACUCCUCGGGAGAACUUCACGCUCAACCUGUUCCUCGGCAUGAUCCGAGCAGGCGUUGUGCCUGAUAUUGCUUCUGCUGGUGCCGGACUCGAAGCAACAGUCAAUCUCCUACCGAUCGAUAACCAGAUGGACACGGUUGCUCAACUUGCCACUCACCCGCCCACCGGCCUAGAGAUCCAACGAUUCCACAUCAACAACCCUGUUCCAUUGCCAUGGACGCAGCUUCCAUCGGUGAUCUCUCAAGUUCGUGAGGAUGGCGAAGCAGGAACCCUCGUCGACAUUGACACUUGGACUGAGCGCAUGCUUGAGCAUGCGAUCACAGAACAGGAGCGCUUGGAGUGGUCAACUUUCAAGGAGUAUUUGAGUCUCGGCCAUGUGAUGUUCGCGCUUGAUGAAACCAACACUCGUGCCGCACUCGAAAGUCAGAGCGGCAGUAGACUGGAAUGUCCUCCUGUUGACGCCAAGUACCUGCAGCAUCUGAAACUGAAGCAGGCUCAAUAUAGCUAG